UUGUGGUUGCGGUUGGUCUUGGUGAUCGUGGUGUUGAUGGUGGUGGGUGGAUUGACUUGCUGUGAUGGCCAGUAUUCCUCCCAGACCACGUGCCAGCCACAGCGCAACGUCCAACUGCUCAUCUACAACAGGGUACCGAAGGCGGGGUCGACGAGCGUGUUGCAGCGCGUCAACCUCACAAAUGUUGCUCAAGGGGGCAACGUGUUUGAGAUGCUUGCCAUUCACAACACCGACAACUUCAAGCAGAGCGGCAACCGCGCCCGCGCAUUGUCACCCGAGUGGCGAGAAAGCAUGGUUGACUACAUUAUGUCGCACGCGGAGCACGCCACUGCGACGCGGCCGCUCUUCGUUCACGGCCACUUUCUCUUCUACGACUUUUACCGUCACGUGCAAAAACAAGGGAAGAUGCCGCCGACAACGGCUUACAUGAACAUUCUGCGCCACCCUGUGACAAAGCUCGUCAGCCACUUUCAGUACUUGCAAAGUGCAUUUCGCGGCUCGAAAAGAGCGCGGUCGGGGCUGUCAUUUGACCCCGACGUCACCAUUGAUGCAUGCGUGUCUGCCAUCGCCUCCACCCCGCCAUACAAGCCCACCUGGGAAGCCAUCCCGAACACAACACUGCCGUGUGAUGGAACCUUUUUCAUGCGCGCUGUGCAGUGGCGGUACUUUUGUGGCUACGCACGCGAGUGCUUACAGGCCGACAUUGAGCCAGGGCUCACCAUGGCGAAGGAGAACUUGCGAAAACACUUUGCGUUCGUCGGACUACUUGAGGAGACGCACCUCACAUACAGGGCGCUGGAGACGCUGUUUCCGACGUUUUUCGCGCGGGGUUCCGGCGGCAUCUCUGCUCCAACUGACGAAGAGUUGGAACAGAUUGCAAACAAGAACCCAGAGAAGUACAAGACGACACGUGCGACGCGGCGGUACAUUGCUGCGUGGGCGGAGCUGUCUGGCGAUAUGGACUUUUACCACUUUGCCGCCUCCCUCUUCUGGGACAAGAUCACGUGCUUGAUUGCGCGGCAAUGGCGAGCGGGACACACCCUUAACGACUUGACCGUGCUGUCCGCGGAUUGAGAAAGGAAAGAGUGGAUAUGACUUGCACAUACUUAGGCGUAGAACCGAGUGGAUUGUGUAUGGGGUUUAUUAGACACACUUGAACAGAA